UUUAUAUUUAUAUUAUGAAACGAAGAAAGAUAGUUAAUUUAUAAAUAUGAAAUAUUUAUAAUUAUACAAUCAAUUUUUUGAUGAUAAGAUUUAAAUCAAUUAUUGAAGACAUCAUUUAAUUUCUAUGUAUAUAACCUUGUUCCUUGUCAAUACGUGAUAAUAGCCUAAAGUGAAUAGACUUCUCUUAAUAAGACGGCAUGUUUGUAAGAAUCUGGUUGCGAAUUCUCACGGGGGAUGAAUGAGGAAGAAUUAUUAAAACGGUCUGCUGCAGAGCGAGAUAGAAUAUUUAGCUGCUACGACCGUGGUAGAGAAAAUGGAGCAGAAAUUGAUCCUUGGGAAGAUCCUACUUUUGAAGUAUAUCAUACCACAGACAGAUAUGGAUUCAUACAUGAUAAACGUUUGCCACAAAAACCAGAUCCUAAUGAAAUUAAGACUCAUCGAGUAGAAAUGGAAAGAUUAAAAAAAUGGGAAAAAAUGACAAAACAAUGGGAUAGUUCAUCAACUAAGGAAAAAUUACGACGCAGAAUAUAUAAAGGGAUUCCUAAUAGAUUUCGUGGUCAAGUGUGGGCAUUGUUAUUGGGUAUUAAAAAUUUAAAAAAAGAACAAGCUGGUAAAUAUGAAGAGAUGUUACAACUUGCACGUCAAUGGUCUACAGAAAUAAGACAAAUCGAUGCUGAUGUAGCUAGACAAUAUAGAGAUCAUAUCAAUUAUAGAGAAAGAUAUAGUAUAAAACAACGUUCUAUGUUUUAUGUAUUGGCUGCAUAUAGCAUGUACAAUAUGGAAGUGGGUUAUUGCCAAGGGAUGUCUGUAUUAGCUGGAUUACUUUUACUAUAUAUGGAUGAAGAAGAUGCAUUUUGGGGUCUUUCUGUUUUACUUGCUGAUAAGAAAUAUACCAUGCAUGGAUUUUAUGUUGAUGGAUUUCCAAAAUUAAAUCGUUUCAUAGAACAUCACGAUAAAAUUAUGAAUAAAUUUUUGCCGAAAUUGAAGCGGAAACUUGAUAAAUGCGGUUGUGAUUCUAUUCUUUAUGCAUUAAAAUGGUUUUUUGUUGUUUUUCAAGAAAGAACACCUGUUAGUCUUGGUCUUCGAAUUUGGGAUAUAUUUUUAUUAGAUGGAGAUCGUAUUUUACCUGCUAUGGCAUACACAGUUAUGAAAAUGCAUAAACGUUUUCUUAUGCCAAUGGAAAGUUUAGAUGAAUUUUGUAAUUAUUUGCAAAUUAAACUAGAAAAAGAUUUUUGUUUUGACGAUGAUACAGUAAUAAGUACUAUGGAACGUAGUAUGGAAGAAUUAAAACGUGCCAAAUUGGAUUAUCCUGGUCCUCCAUUACUGCAUGAAUUACCACGAUAUCCAUUUGGUACCUUUAAAGAACCUUCAUUUGCAAGCAAAGUUGGAAGACGUACCGAAGAAUUUAGCGAAGCGCAACAUGUAAUGCGAGAAUCUAUAACACAACGUAGAGAUCUUGUUCUUGUUGAAGAUGGUAGAGAAAGUACAACACCAGUUGAACAAACUAGUUGUGGUCUUGGCGGAAGCAAAUUCUCAUUUGAUCCGAGUCUUGAUGAUGGGGCCUCUCCCAAUGGUUCACGCCGAUCAUUGGCAGAUACAUCUGUUACUUCAACAGCUGACCUUUCUGUAUUUAGUUCAGCAACGCGGUCUCAAGCCUUAGACAAUAGUCUUGAUACUCAAAGUAAUAUUUCUAAUGGCAGCUCUGGUAGUGGUGGUUUACCUACACCUAAGGCAACGCCUCAUCAACCAAGUCCAGAUGUUGUACGAAUUUAUGUACCAUAUACUUCACCUAUAUCUGGUUCGUACAAAGAUGAUCUUCCACGUACACUUCCGCGAUCUUUAGAAACUAAUAGAAUUCGUAUACGAGUUGAUCCUGAUCAAACACCAAUAGUGGAAAAUUUGAAACCUUUUUCAUUAGAAAGUCCAGAAGUCAAAUUAGACUUAAAAUAAUUAUUCUAUUUGUUCAAUAGUUUUAGUAUUUCAUGAUGCAGAAAUUAAUUCAUGACAUUGGAAUAAGUAUUAAAGAAAGAUUUAGAUAAACAAAAUUUUAUUAUUUGUUUUAUCUAUAUCUAUAUUGUAAUAUAUGUAGAAGGGUGAUAUAUAAAGAUGAUAAAGCAGUAAUUAUGAUAGGAACGAAAAAUGAAUAUUAAAUGUGCAUAUGAAUGUGCAUAAUAUGAUUAUUUUUUUGCUAAAGUAGCUAAUCGAAAUAUCAACGUAAAUUUAAUAGGUAUCUCAGAUAGAAAUCUGUAUAUGUCAUAUGCACUAAUUAUGAAUAUAAUUGUAAUUGUCAUUUGUUUUAAAUGAAACUUAUUACUUUUGUGAUGGCCUAAUUUAUAGUUAAACAAAAAUAAUUUCAAAUGUAUAAUAGAAAAUUGUCAUUUUCAAUAUAUUAUAUAUUAUUCUUAAUUGAAUGAUCAACGAUAUUUUAAAUAAUGAAAUUAUAUCUAUAACUUGUCAAGUAAUUCUAAAAAUAAUUAUAUAAUGUUUAUAGUAAGUCAAAUUAUGUUUCACAGAAUGAUGAU